AUGUCAUUAGCAUUAAAAGCUGCAACAACUUCCACAAUUAAGCAAGUUAGUAACAAUUCCAAAAAACCUCAUAUUCAAAAGGCAGUAAUGACAAUUACUCCACCAGCUAUAAAAAGACUUCGUCAACUUCUUGAAGGUCCCGAUCCCAAAAUGAAUCGAGUAGCUGUAAAAAAUAAAGGAUGUGCUGGCUUAUCUUAUGCAUUGGAAUAUGCUAAAGAAAAGGGAAAAUUUGAUGAAGUAGUAACUCAAAAUGUUACUGUAUUGAUUGAUUCUAAAUCACUUUUUAAAAUGCUCGGAUCGGAAAUGGAUUAUUUAGAAGAUAAAUUAUCUUCUAAAUUUGUUUUCAAUAAUCCGAAUGUUAAAGAAAGUUGCGGGUGUGGGGAAAGCUUUUUAAUAUGA